UCCGCUGUGAGCGCUGUUAUCACUCAACAGCAGGAAGAAUCACAUGAUCCACUCAUAUCCCGUCUGCUGCAAAUAAAAGCUACAGAUUCUCCUCGGCUUAACGUGCGUGACAUAACUAUUCUCUUUGGAUUUCAUCAGGACGCUGAUGCUAUAGCAGAACGAUGAAGCUUAUCAUCCUCAACGACUACGAUCAAGCAAGCGAGUGGGCUGCAAAGUACAUUAAAAACAAGAUUUUACUGUUCAAGCCUGGUCCAGACAAAUACUUCACCCUGGGCCUCCCCACAGGAAGCACUCCCCUUGGAUGUUACAAAAAACUGAUUGAGUUCUACAAGAAUGGAGAGAUCUCAUUCCUAUAUGUGAAAACAUUCAACAUGGAUGAAUAUGUAGGGCUUCCCAGAGAUCACCCAGAGAGCUACCACUCCUUCAUGUGGAAUAACUUCUUCAAGCACAUAGACAUCAAAGCAGAGAAUACCCACAUCCUAGACGGCAAUGCUGCUGACCUGCAAGUCGAGUGUGAGGCCUUUGAGGACAAGAUCACAGCAGCAGGGGGGAUCGAGCUCUUUGUCGGAGGUAUUGGACCAGAUGGCCACAUUGCCUUCAAUGAGCCUGGUUCAAGCCUGGUUUCCAGAACCAGAGUGAAGACCCUGGCAAGGGACACAAUCAUGGCUAAUGCCCGGUUCUUUGAUGGUGAUCUCUCAAAGGUUCCCACGAUGGCUCUGACUGUGGGAGUGGGCACUGUCAUGGACGCAAAAGAGGUCAUGAUUCUGAUCACAGGAGCACACAAGGCAUUUGCUUUAUACAAAGCUAUAGAGGAUGGUGUGAAUCACAUGUGGACAGUGUCAGCGUUCCAGCAGCAUCCACAGACUGUUUUUGUAUGUGACGAAGAUGCCACCCUAGAACUGCGUGUCAAAACUGUGAAGUACUUCAAAGGGAUGAUGCAUGUGCACAACAAGCUUGUGGAGCCACCUUCUUUAGGGCAGAAGAACUGAGGAGAUCUAUUUCCAAGAUAUGUGGAUUAUUUUUAAAUUCAACACUCCAGUGAUUCCUGUAUCUUUGUGUGGAGAGAGAUUGUAGGACAUCAGGCAGUGCUUGGUGUUGACUUCUACUAAUACUUGUGUAAGAAUCAGGCUCUGUCAGCCUUUUAGGUUUUCACGUGACUGUACAGCUUUGCCUUGUUUGUUCUUUGUAAUAAAGUGCUCUCAAUUUGUA